UCGCCGCCUCUCUCUCUUUCCGGGCUGCCAUGCCCGUGGGCUACGAACCACCGGUCCCUCGGAUCGGCGACAUUCGCCAACGACGCCACAAUCACCACCACCAGCACCACAGGCACAAAAAGUCCCGGAAGCUCUCGCUCCAAGAGGACCCGCAAUGGCGCAAGCGCUCGGGAGCCGGUCUGCCGGGCGAGUUUGUUGGCCCGGCUGCCGGGCGCCGAGUGAGCGUCCAGCCGGACGAGGCCAAGACCCUCCAGGAGCUGGACAUCGACGACCUCGAGUCCCACAGGAGCGACGACCCCCGGGGCAUGAGGAGGCCCAAGACGAGCUACUCGAUCAUACAGAUCGGCAGGCGCCUCGGGGGCGGAUUGUUGCCACCCGAGACCUUCCGGAAGAUGUACGACCACUCGCCCCACGAGGUCUUUGUUCAGCUGGACGAGUUGUACGGGGUCGGAGAGAACAGCGAGUGGCGGGAGACCGCGCGAUGGAUCAAGUACGAGGAGGACGUCCAGGAAGGCGCCGACAGAUGGGGCCAGCCGCACGUGGCCUCGUUAAGUUUCCACUCGCUGCUGAACUUGCGCCGGUGCCUCGAGACCGGCGUCGUACUGCUCGACCUCGAGGAAAAAGACUUGCCAGGCGUGGCUUACCGGGUGGUCGAGCAAAUGGUCAUCGAAGAGUUGAUCCUACCCGAGGACAAGACUGUGGUCAUGCGGGCACUACUGCUCAGACAUCGGCACGUCCACGAGAGCGAGCGGGGCUUCAGAUUUGGUGGCAAGAAGAACUACGCGAGCUACACGAGUCUCCAGUCUAUUUGGUUCGAGGAGGAUGAAACUCCGCGGGACAGUGCUGAAAACAAUAACUUACAUGACUCGAAGCCAAAGGUCGUCGCGUCGAAUCAAGCACUGGACAACAAUCACACGGCAGUCGACAUGAAGGAGGAGAUGACGUUUACCACGAGCAACGAGGACUUGAAGAAGGCCCACUGCAACGAGUACAUCCUCAAGAGGAUACCCAUUGGGGCAGAGGCAACCGUAGUUCUCGUUGGGGCUGUCGAUUUUCUCGACCAGCCAACCAUCGCCUUCGUACGUUUGGCCGAAGGUAUCCUGAUGCCAGCGAUAACCGAGGUAAAGAUCCCGGUACGCUUCAUGUUCACGCUACUGGGUCCCCGCAACAGCGAUCUCGAUUACCACGAGAUCGGUCGGUCCAUCUCGACUCUGAUGUCGAACACGUCGUUCCACAAGGUCGCUUACAAGGCGAACGAGAGGCGCGAGCUCUUAUCGGCGAUAAACGAGUUCCUCGACGACUCGAUUGUGCUGCCGCCCGGGGACUGGGAGCGCCAGGCCUUGCUGCCCUUCGACGAGCUCAAGGCCAAGAGCGAGGCCAUCCGAAGACGCAAGGCCAAGGCCAUCGAGGAGAAGAAGAAGAAACAGGCCCAGAGCGAGUUCGCCGCGGCUAAGAAAGCCCUGAUAGCCGGGGAGGACGAGAAGAAGCCUCCGGACGACGACGACCCCCUGCGUCGCACUCGACGCCCGUUCGGCGGCCUAAUAAACGACGCGAUGCGCCGUUACCCGCACUACCUCUCCGACUUCAAGGACGGCCUGAACUCGUCCUGCUUAGCCGCAGCCAUCUUCAUGUACUUCGCGGCCCUUUGCACGGCCAUCACUUUUGGUGGACUCAUGAGCGACAAGACCCACAACAUCAUCGGCAUCUCCGAGACGCUGCUCUCGUGUUGCUGCACGGGGAUAAUAAUGGCGCUAUUUGCGACUCAGCCACUCGUCAUUAUCGGCACGACGGGUCCGCUACUGCUGUUCGACGAGAGCCUCUACUACUUCUGCCAGACCAACAAUCUCGAUUUUUUGCCAAUGAGGAUGUACAUCGGGGCUUGGAUGGCCAUUAUCGCGCUGCUCGUUGCCUGCGUCGAGGGCUCCGUGCUGGUGCGACUCUUUACCCGGUUCACCGAGGAAAUCUUCACCGGGCUGAUAUCGCUCCUGUACAUCGUCGAGACCUUCAUAAAGCUCGUAAACUACUUCCACAAGAACCCCCUGCUCCCCGAGUACUGCUUCGGCUCGAGCAACGCCACCCAGCAGCACCCCCAACAACAAACGGCCCUGGGCAGCAGCAUCUACCAAGACCUGAUAGCCCAGCCGGCGAAGAACCUCACCGAGCUCAGUGCCCACCUGUCCGACGCCGACAGCUAUAACGACAACGCCAACAACGACACCAACCUCUUCUUCUCGGACGUGGGUUUGUACCAGGACCAGCCGGUAGAGGCGAUCGCUUCGUCCCUGAGCCAACAGCAGUGCUCCAUAAUUGCCGGCCAAAACAAGCUGGGCCUGCUGAUCAACCAGCCGAACACGGCCCUCAUGUGCACGAUACUCUGCCUGGGCACCUUCCUCGGGGCGUACUACUUGAGGAUCUUCCGCAACAGUCACUACUUCGGGAGGAGCGCGCGGCGGGCCUUCGGCGACUUCGGGGUGCCCAUCAGCAUCGUCAGUUUCGUCGUGAUCGACUACUUGGCCGGGGUCAAGACGGAAAAGCUCCUCGUGCCCGAGGGGGUGUCGCCGACCGUGCCUGGCCGCGAUUGGCUGAUCACCCCCGGUAACGUGCCCUUUGUUACCGCCAUGCUCUGCUGCAUACCCGCCCUACUCGUCUACAUCCUAGUUUUCAUGGAGACGCAGAUUUCCGAAUUGAUAAUCGACAAAAAGGAGCGGAAGCUGCGCAAGGGCAACGGCUACCACAUGGACAUCGUCGUGGUUUGCCUGAUGAACUUUGGCUGCGGGAUGUUCGGGGCGCCGUGGUGUUGCGCCGCCUCGGUGCGCUCGUUGACCCACGUGAACGCCGUGACCGUGAUGUCCCGCACCCACGCACCCGGCGACAAGCCCCACAUAGUCGAGGUGAAGGAGCAACGCGUCUCCUCGCUCCUUGUGGCCAUCCUCGUGGGCGUGAGUGUCCUCAUGGCACCCCUGUUGCGCCGCAUCCCCAUAUCCGUGCUCCUCGGGGUCUUCCUCUACAUGGGCAUCUCGUCGACCAACGGGGUCCAGCUCUUCGACCGGGUCAAGCUGUUCUUCAUGCCCGUCAAGCACCACGGCACGGCAAACUACGUGCGCCGCGUUCAGACCUACAAGAUGCAUCUCUUCACCACCAUACAGAUCGGCUGUCUGGCCGUUUUGUGGAUCGUCAAGAGCACCAAGGCCGCCCUAGCCCUGCCGUUCUUCCUCAUACUCAUGAUACCCCUGCGAGCCCAGAUGAGGCACGUGUUCAGCCCGGCUGAGCUCAGGGCGCUCGACAGCAAAAACCCAGACAACGAGCAGGAGGACGAGCCCGACUUUUACGAGGAGGCGCCCUUGCCCGGAUGA